CAGAAGACACCUGUUUACAUUUAUUUAUUUUCCAGAAAAAUAAAUUAGCAAAAAUAAUAAAGGAGGCGGGCGAUAGAACGAACAAGACAACUUCAUUAGGGUUUUCUUCUUUGGCCAGAAAGAAAAAAAGAUUGCAAACAAAAUUCAUCCAAAAUCUACAGGCUUCUGUUUUCAAUCAGGGGGAAAAUCAGAGAGGAAAUUAUCCUUCAACGUCUCAACACCAUGUACGGAUCAAGAGGGGCAAUGUUGGGGAGCGGGGGGGUUUCGGAUGGGUGUGGGGUCGGCUCAAAGAGACAAAGAAUGAUCAAAUCAAAUCCGUACUUUCCAGUGAACGCCGGUGCUAGCAGCUACCAGCCUUUCAGCAGCUAUGGUGGUGGGUGGAAUCUUACCUUUCCAGUUGUUCGUCUCAGGGGUCUCCCAUUCAAUUGCACCGACAUCGACGUAUACAAAUUCUUUGGUGGGUUAGACAUUAUUGACUGUCUUCUUGUGAACAAAAAUGGACGAUUCUCUGGGGAGGCGUUUGUUGUAUUUUCAAAUACUAUGCAGUCCGAGGUCGCGCUCCAAAAGGACCAUCAGAACAUGGGCAGAAGGUAUGUAGAGGUUUUCAGGUGCAAUAAGCAAGACUAUUACCAUGCUAUCUCAGCUGAGAUGAACUAUGAAGGUAGUUAUGAUGAGUACCGUGGAAGUCCUCCUCCUCGCUCUAGUAAGAGGAGGUCCGUUGACAAGGAUCAGUUGGAAUACACGGAGAUUCUCAAGCUAAGAGGUCUUCCUUUCUCUGCCACCAAGUCUGAGAUUUUGGACUUCUUUGGUGAUUUCGACCUUGUCGAGGAUAGUGUACAUCUUGCAUGUCGUGCUGAUGGAAAAGCCACUGGUGAAGCAUAUGUGGAGUUUGUUUCCACUGAUGAGGCUAAAAGAGCUAUGUGCAAGGACAAGAUGACCAUGGGUUCGCGGUACGUUGAGCUUUUCCCUUCUACACCUGAUGAGGCCAGACGUGCUGCAUCUAGGUCAAGGCACUGAUUCUGAAACGCGUCUGCAUGCAUUUUCUUUAAAAGGGUGCACAAGCGGUCAUUUGGAUCGUUGUUGAUUUAGACCUGGCCUGGUUUCUUACGUCUGCAUUUUAGUAUGCCAUUUGAAUUGUUUGAUAAUGGGUUUGUUUGUGAUCUUUUAGAUGUAGACUUGAGAAACUCAAAUAUGAAUUUGGUUUCACUUACAUUUAUUGAUAUUAGUUACAUGAUUAAAGGGUAUUUGACUAGGGGUUUGAGCAUAAAUUUGGGAGCAAUUUGACGAAUCCCGUGAUAUAAAUGAAGAGAAA